GCCGCGGGCGCGGUAAGGUAAGUCUGGCAGUGUAGCUUGACUCGUGAGGGAGAGUGGAUGUCAGUGGCGGCGAGGGACCUGCCUUAUAGACCAAACUUUAACUAAACGGUGAUAUCAGUGGUGACAGUCGUAAGGAUUUGUUGUAGUGAGAUUAACGACUCUUCCCAAGUGUUGCAGCCAAGACACAAGCACCGCAGAGGAAUAAUACUUACGUAACAUCUGAAAAGAAAAAGUUUCUUUACUGCACCGUCUCGAGGAAGAAAGAACGAAGUGUGGUGCGGUGCCCUUGAAGCUGUCUGGAUUGGCGUGCACACUAAUACACUCAUCCGCUCGGAAGCGUCCCUUUACUGCUGCUCUGGAGGUUCCUGGACACCAGUGCUCUGUGAUGUGGACGGUGAGAGGUCCCUGGGGAGGAACUGUUUCAUGGCAGUAACCAUGGCCUGCUGUAGACCACAGUAGUUACGGGUUAACAUGGAAGACAGAAAAAAAUGGUGGUCUCGGUGAGCGGGGUGGACCCGACCGAGCGGCAGGGCGGGGCCACAGCUGACCCGCGUUGACCCACCCUUAUCCUCAACAUGCGAGCCCUCACCUAUAGCUGGAUAGGGCUGUCGGCGGCAGCGCCCCUCAUCUUCCUCAUCUGCGCCUGGGUGCUUGGGGUCUUCCAUUCCUACCGUCGCCAAUGGCGUUCCGUCGAUCUCUUUCUCCUGGCAGUGUUUGUCCAAGAGCUUCUGAUGGCGGUGCAGGUUUUUGCUUUCGCUCUCCUUAGCCUCAUGAGACCAGAAUCCGCCGCUGCGUGUGGAGCCUUCGUCUGGAGCCUUAGCGCCACGCGGACUCUGCAGGCAGCAACGGUGGCGUCGCUCUUGAUCGAUCGUGCCCUAACCAGUCAAUGGCCCUACAAAUACCGCUUCAGUGUGCGGCGACAUCAGAUACGCUACCACUUGGCGGUCCUAGCAACCAUCGCCGCCCUAGUGGGUGUGGCGUCCAUACUUGCCCGUCCAGCUGACACUCCAGACACGUUUGAACACUGCAGUUUCAUGCCCCAUGAGCUCCACAUUCGCUUGUCCCUGUUUGUAUUGAGUGUGUAUGGACUGCUGGUGGUGGCCGGGGCACUGAGCAUAGGCGUGGUGCAGGCAGGGCGUGGAUGCACCGAGCUCUCCCUGUCUCACUCUGACAUGGCUCCCAUCACUGCCACCAACUCCUCCACCAGCUCAAGCGGAGGCAGGCAAAACUCAGCCCUUCACGCCGCGGCGUCCUCAGCCUCCACAACCUCCUCCAAUGCGUCAUCGGGACAGCUGGGAGGGGUGCAUGGGGCCAUAAAGACCGCUUCUUCAACUUCGGAUUUGGUGCCUCCUCCUCCACCUCACAGGCCGCCACCCGCGCUCCCCAGCAGGCUGCAGAAAAAUGUAGGCGUCAACAGGACCGGGGUCGUCCCUCGCACACCCGCCUCCGACUUUCGCUGGGGCACGACCCUGGCUGUGGCAGCGCUGUGCUUCCUUGUUAAUCACCUGCCAUACAUGGGGCUGACGGUGGUGGGGACCUUCAUGCCCACAUUCCUGCCUGGCUGGCCCGUGGAAAACAUAGCUCUGUGGCUGUCCUUGGCUGAGGGCCUGCUCCUGCCGCCAGUCCUCGGGCUUGUUGAUGCCACCUUCAGCGAGGCGGCGGGAUCAUCCUGCUGCAAGAACAAACAACAACCCCACAAAUACAAUGCAGCAGGAGCAGAGGGGCCGUUCAGGUUGUUCCCGAAGGAGGAGGUAAAGUCCUUCCCUCUCACCAACGGGUCACUCUUCUCCUCUCUCCUCAAUAUGAACGUCGAUAACCCCACACAGAUCCUGCCAUCCUACAGGCGAGGAGGAGCGGCGGGGAUGAAGAUGGGAGUGUCAUCGCAGGAAAUCAGAGGUCUAGUGGGCAACGCAACGCAACCUCAACUCAGAGACUCCUACGGGCCGCCCUACUACCCGCGGGAACCUACAGAGUCACUGGGAUCAGCCGCCACCAGCAGUCAGGACCCCAUCUACUCAGAUCCUCUAGCAAAGGUGGACAGCGUAGACAGUUCACUGAAGGAGGACCACAUCUAUGCCACACUCUCAGAGACCUUCGGAUCCAUGUCCUCCCUUAGCGAUGGCUUCCUGGGUGACGAGCAGAGAUGUUCCUCAGUCACCACUGUGGCUAAUGAUGACUUUGAGUUCCACGAUCCUCGUUCAACAUUGAGCCCUGAACCAGUUCACUACGCGACCGAAAGUCACGUGCACAGUAAUGACAACAGAAACGAGAUUCGGGCUGAACGGCCACCAGCCCAAUUACCGCCUGAGGCUCACCACAGCUCUUCUGAGGAUGCCUACCACCUCUCCACCAACACUACAGAAACCUCCACCACUUAUUCCGUUGCUUCAUCAUUCAGGUCCUCGUCUUCUCAGGUCACUGCCACCAUCGAGAGCAGUAUUGCGGAGAGUAAGGAAGUCAACGAAGACUAUAAUAGUGAAGACACAAAUACAAAUGGUUAUUACAACGCUGGUUUUCAGUGCGAUACUCUGGAGCUGAAGAAAGAAUAUCUUCGCGAGCGUGGGCCUGUGGACAGCCUUGACCUUCGCAUGAACAAGCAGAGCGAUAACAAGACUCAGGACGGAACACUCUCCCGCAAGCACAGAUCGUCGUCCUUGUCGAUGAAUGACUUGGAUCGUCUCGACUCCAACGUGGAUAAGGAAGAAGAAAUGAUGUUUAUCCUGCCCGUGAAAAGCGAGUCCAUGCUGAGUCUGUACCGCCUGUACCUUGCCGAGGACGAAGCCGGCACUAGCCUCCACUAUUCCGUCGAAGUUUCGCGAUCAGAGGGAGAUUUGUCUGUCCUGGCGGCUGUUGGCAGUAAUGGAGUCAUGGAAGGGAAGAGCGAGGGAGCAUUGCAUGAAGUAUACCAGAAGCGGCGAGCCCCGGAGACUAGUGGGAGCAAGGUGAAAAGACAGCACAAGAUCCAGCGUGCCAAAGGUAUGCAAAGAGCCAAGAAAUCUGCCAUAGUCUCCACUCCUAACACGGGACCCACGCACGGGAUCACCACUACCAGCGGCACCAAUGGCGUGGGCAUGCAGGUCGCUAUUAUGGAUAAAAAUCGCCGGAGAAACGGAAUAAUAACCAUUCAGGAUCCUUCUGUGCUGUCGGUGGAGGAGUUGUUCCACGUGCUGGACAGAGCGUCGUGCACACCAGCCGUGCCCUACAAUGACACAAACGACACAUCCUCCCCACCAGCGCCGACACCCGCGCAUCGCCAGGAACCCGAUUACAAGAAAAUAUUCGUCAGUGAAUACUUGUAAUGACGCUCAAGAAAGGAGGUAUAAUACACGAAUGCUCACUUCCCUACUUUAUACAACGAAGACAACUGCAACUUAUGGAAAAAGAACGUUUGAAAAGAUGGGAACGCUGAUGGCAGAAACGAGUGUGUUGAUGUUAUGAAGAAAGUGUGGCGGAGGCAUAUCUCAAGGACCCUUGCCAUGCUCUUCCAGCCUGAACAGGGGAAGAGAUGCUUGUGAAUCACAAUUUCUCAUAUCACGGCUCUUAAGAGUUAGUACAAAGUGAACAAAUACUCCCUAUAUUUGGUCAGCCCAUAGUGUUAGUGAACAGUGACCGCCGUGUUUGCCAGUUGUGAUGACUUCAUGGUGUGAGUGAUCAUCAGAAUUCUCCAAAUGAGAUAAACUUAUCAAUCACAAAGACAUUAAACAUGUUGAUGGACAAGCAUAUCAGGUUUAUACUUUACUCGUGUGGUGCAAGGAAUGUCUCUUAAACAUACGCGUUCAUUGGACCUGGGUAUAUCAAGACAGAGUGCAGUGACUUUCGUGUUCCUCAAAGUAAUACGGAAUUUUACUUUCUAAAGUUUCUAAGUUCGCUGACGUGUGAACCUUCCCUCGCCUCGUGGGCACGGUGCUCACGAUGCCGCGGUGUCGCAGAUGUCGCCCCAAGCUGUCUGUACUGGUCACAUCUUUCCCGCCCCGCACGUUACCUACUACCUCUCAGUCUCCGCGUUAUUCCCACAGCUCACCUGAUCGACUCGUACGUACACACAUACACUCGUUGGCACCCAUACGAAAGAUAAUUCCUCAAGAGUACCUUGUAUAUGACUUAAGAUACAGUCUGAUGUAAGUAAAUACACAAGAAAAAAAAGGUAAUAUUGUUGGUUUCAAUAUUUUGUACGUAUAUUUUUUCUAUUCGGCCUUUAUUUUUGUGUAUGCAAUUAUAUCAUAAGGAAAAAAAUGUAUAUAUUAUAUUUUGUCUUCUGUCACUCUCCUCGAAGCUAGAGGUACCUUCUAUCAUAUAUGUGUAUAUAAAUUUUCCUGAAUGAUACUCAACCGCCGCGCCCGCCCCACCGAGCCCAGCACAGCGCCGGGACCUGGGCUGCUCACAUGGUCUGGGGUCACAACGACUGUCAGUGUCCGUCCUUCUGUAUAUGUUCACCUUCCUGCAUUAUACUACUGCCACUUCUUGUCCAACUUCUGAUGUAAGUACACACUGUAUAUAGCGCCGGCAGUGACCUUCAGAUAACCAGCUGGCGAACUCUCUCAAUACUACGAUCAGAAGUGCUCAACUCUGCAUUUCACUUAUUGAACGUUUCUACAUUACAAUAUUUACCCGCAUAAUUAUUGUAUAUAUUAUAUGUUUGUACCUUUCUUUAUCGUACGUGAAUCUCGAAUAUUAAUUAAUUUCAAUGAGCAGUGUACAAAAAAAUAAAGUGAAUUGAUAGAU